AUUUCAGUUGUUGGAGGAACUUGGCACGAAACUAAAGCACCAACAAAUUGUUAGCGCGGACAACCGAAAAAGCAAAGCAGAAAACAAAAAAGAAAAAAAACACAACUAAGCAACAAAACAAUAAUAAUAAAAAACAAAGAGACAACAAGAAAUUGCAAACAUGUUGCGGCCUGUAUCAAGGCGAGUGAGCCACAUCGUGGUGCUGGCCUUGCUUAUUCUGGCUAUGGGCCUGGACGAUGCCCAGGCAAAACGUUGGUCUGGUGGCGGAGGCAGCAAGAGUCGUGGUUCCAGUUCGAGCUACACACCGAGACGUAGCAGUUCCUCAUCAUCAUCUUCUUCAUCGUCCCACUCGUACUCAAAACCUUCGUAUUCCAAUACGGAUUUGACACGACUGAGUUACUCUGGUUCCCAUUCGCAACCAAAUCGAGCUAGCAGUGUCAGUCAAUCUCAGGCUAGCCACAGUGUUUCUCGUCCAGCCACUGCCUCACCCAUUGGCUGGAAUGUACCACCAAAGAAUCAAGGUCCACCGCCGGCCUAUUCGGUCUCAAAUCCAGUGGGUGGAGCUCAUACCAAUAUACAUGAACGCCCUCCAGCAUACAAUCCAUCAUAUAAACCGCCGCCACCGAGUUACUCGGCAGCCAAUACCAACAGUAAUUCCCGACCGGCAUCCAGUAGCAGUUCUCACUACACACCCGCCACCAACUACAGACCCAGAAACAGCACCGGUGGAUUCGGAUCAGGAAGUCAUACUCCGAUCACAGCUACCAAUGCCCACAACGUCCAAUCCAGCUAUCCUCGUCAACAGGCCGGUGCUACCUACUACAAUCCCGGCCAACUUCCUCCUGGAGCUACUUAUCACAGCGCUGGAAGUCUGCCAGCAGGAGCGACCUAUCAUCCCAGUGGUUAUUCCCCAGCCGGUGGCUAUCAUCCCGGUGGCUAUGCUCCUGCAGGUGCCACUUAUCAUCCGGCUGGCCAAGUCCCGGCCGGUGCUACUUUCUAUCCAUCCGGAGGAGUUCCCCAUGGCGCCACCUACUAUCCACAGGCUCCAGUUGCUGCUGUGCCAGCGGGUGCCACAUUCUUGCCCGCUGGAGCUGCUAUUCCAGCCGGAGCAACAUAUUAUCCCCAAGCACCUCAAAGAUCAUCUUCUGGAUUGGGAUUAGGUACGGGACUGAUCGCUGGUGCUCUUGGUGGUGCUAUUCUAGGACAUGCCCUUACUCCCACGCAAACACGUGUAAUUGAGCAUUCUCCCUCCUAUGGAGGCGGUGGUGGAGGUGGUGGUUAUAGCAACGGCAACAAUGAUGACAAGAUUAUCAUAAUCAAUAAUGGACCUCCAGGAUCAGUGACAACUACAAGCGCUGGAUCUGGAACAACUGUCAUAAAUGCUGGUGGACAACAACAGGCACCUGCCGCUCCGUCUUACCCAGUUGCUCCAGUUCCUCCUGCUCCUCCAGCACCAGCUGCAGGAGAGCCACAGACGCCAUUAGCCCCAUUGAACCCUGUGCCACCGGCCCCAGCUGCAGCUGCUGGUGAAGCGGCAGCCCCUGUACCACCACCUGUUGCAGCUCCUGCACCUUCAAAUGCCGCACCAGUUCCACCAGCUCCUGCUGCACCACCUGCUGAUGCCAAUUCUGCUCCACCACCCGCACCAGGAGGCAUAAUCUGUGUACCUGUUCGUGUACCCGAGCCAGAUCCAAAAGAUGCCACAAAGACCAUUGAGGUAGAGAAGAUUGCCUGCUAUCCAGCACCACCGCCAGAAGCAACUCCACCUGCAAAUGGCACAGAACCAGUCGCUGGAGCUGCUGCUGCUGUUCCUGGUCUUGCGGCCGCUCCUGUAACCCCAUCGCCGGACUCUUCACACCUGGCACCAUUCCAAUCGACCACACCAUUUAUUGUGCCAGAGGGUUCGGUGCCAUUGGCUCCAUUGCAGCCAGGUGGCCUUCCAGAUGUUAUGCGCAUGCCAGGUCUAACUUCGGCACGGCUUUCUGCAGAAUCAGGACUACACGAUGCUCACAAUCUGGCCGAUAAGAAAUCUCUAUCUAAUUUAAGUACAUUUUCGGCAAUACUAACCGUUCUGGUGGCAUUCUAUCUACACUAGAUUUAGAGGAAUGAUGAUAAAACGCCGCUUUAAUCCAAAAGUAAUUUAUUGCCAUUCGAGAGAAACAAUUACAUUUUAUUCUAACCAACUGCAAUCGAAUCGCUUUAUAUAAAGAUAUGUCUGUAUAUUUUGUAAACCAAACGAAUUUUUUGAUAUUAAAUAUACUCAGAGAUCUAGAUCUUA